AUCGCAGCAGGAUACAAGAGCGACUUAAGAGGACCAAGAGCGUGCAUGCGGCUGAGGUGUGUGAAGAGACUUACGGGCUGUUUCCCUGCUCCUCCUCUCUUCCUGGCUCGAUCUUCCUCUGUCUCAUGUAUGGAGCGCUGCUGUUGAAGGGAGCAAACCUGAUCAGCGAUGGCUCGGAGCUCUUGCUGGAGGUUCUGGACCCAGGACUGAUCGGAGGCCUUCUCCUCCCUGUGCUGGGAGCGCUGCCAGACUCUGCAAUGAUCGUGAUGAGUGGUCUCGGAGGAACUAGGGAGCAAGCGAAGGAGCAGGUGUCAGUCGGUAUCGGAACCUUGGCAGGAAGCACCAUCAUGCUCCUCUCCAUCGCCUGGGGAGGAUCGCUGUGGGUAGGACGGUGUGACAUCCAGGAUGGGAUGGCGAUCGAUCGCAGGCUCACCCGCAGCUUCGACCUGACCAACACGGGCGUGACAACGGACGAGAGCACGAAGCUGAACGCCUACAUCAUGAUGGCCUCCGCCCUGCUCUACCUGACACCUCAGAUCCCCACCUUCAUGGGGGAGGCUCACGACCCGUCCGCCGCUGGGCUCGGAGGAAUCCUUUGUAUCGUUGCGCUGGCAGCGUAUUGUGCGUUCCAGGUCUUGUGGCCUGAGCUGCAGAAGAAGAAGAAGGAGGCGGCGCACAAGAAGUUCUUGAAGCACAGCGCCAUCAUCCUUGCAAGUGAGUUCGCCAAGAACGCAGGGACUAUCCUUGUUGCUGAAAACGGAGAGCUGCGUGAUGACGCGCUAAAGUGUCUCUUUGACAAGUAUGACACGGACAGGAGCGGGACGAUAGAGAGAGACGAGCUGAGGAAGAUGAUGAUGAUUCUGUCUCAGUCCGCCAGCACUCAAACAUCGAUAGGAGAGAUCGACGGAGAUCUCGAGUACCUGAUGCAGGAGCUGGAUGCCGACGGUGAUGGGCAGAUCACGUUUGAUGAGAUGAGAGGAGGGCUACGGAGGUGGCUAAGGGACCUCGAGAAGGAAAGGAAGUCACAGGGAGGGUUGCAUGGAAGCAUUGAAAGCACCCCUUUGCUCGUUGCGGGCGCAGACCAAGAAGAAGCAGAAGAAAGCGACGAUGAGGAGGAAGGAGAGGAGGCUCUCACGCCACGUCAGAUUUACAUGAACUCAGCCAAGCUGAUGAUAGGAGGAACAUUUCUUGUUGCCCUCUUCUCUGACCCGAUGGUGGAUGCUGUGUCCUCGGUGCGUGGCCGGGUUGAGGAGGAGACAAGCCACAUCCCUGCUUUCUUCGUCUCUUUCUUAGUGACUCCAUUUGCCUCGAAUGCGUCAGAGCUUGUUAGCAGCCUGCAGUUUGCCAAGAAGAAGAAGAAGAAGAACAUAUCCCUCACUUACAGCCAGGUCUACGGGGCAGUCACCAUGAACAACACCAUGUGCUUGGGCCUCUUCCUCCUGGUCGUCUGGUAUCGCAACCUUGACUGGAACUUCUCCUCGGAGGUGGUUACUACCAUGAGCAUGAUCUUUGCCCUCGGCGUCGUGGCCUGCACGCGAGUUACCUUCCCUCUCUACAUGGCUUUCUUCUCCCUCUCCCUCUACCCCAUCGCCCUUGCGCUGGUCUACUUCCUCGACUACGUCGUCGGGUGGCAGUAA